AUGGCCAGAGAAAACCAAAGCGUGGUGACAGAGUUCAUCUUUCAAGGCCUUUCCUCCCAGCCAAGGACACAGACUGCUCUUUUCAUAGUGUUCCUGGUUUUUUAUCUCUUCACAAUGUUGGGGAACAUGACAAUCAUCACAGUGAUCAGAGCUGACAGCCAGUUGCAGUCACCCAUGUACUUUUUCCUUGCCAACCUGUCCUUGAUAGACAUCUGCUACACCUCUGCCAGCAUGCCCCAGAUGCUGGUGAACCUCUUGACCAAGAAGAGGACCAUCUCCUUCUCUGGAUGUGCUACUCAGAUGUAUUUCUGCCUGGUUUUUGGCACGACAGAAUGCUUUCUGCUUGGGGUCAUGGCCUAUGAUCGCUAUAAGGCGAUAUGUCAGCCCUUGCUGUACCCCAGAGCCAUGUGCAGGAAGGUUUGCAUCCACAUGGUUGUGGCUUCCUGGACCAGCAGCCUGCUGAGCUCCACGGUCAUCCUCAUGGUCACCUCCCAGCUGCCUUUCUGUGGGCCUGACAUCUUGAACCAUUACUUCUGUGAAGUGCUGGCAGUGAGGGCCCUGGCCUGCACCGACACUGCCUUGGUGGACCUGCUCAUCUUCGUGUUCAGCAUCUUCAUCAUCUUCAUCCCCUUUCUCCUCAUCCUCACUUCCUACGCCCGCAUUCUGGUUGUCACCUUAAAGAUCCAGGCUGCAAGUGUGCAAUCCAAGGUGUUCUCCACCUGUGGAUCCCACCUGCUGGUGGUAGCCUUGUUCUAUGGCACAUGCAUCUGCACCUACAUGAAGCUGAAGCCAAGGCCUCCCCAGGACAAGGACAAAGUGGUUGCAGUGUUUUACACCAUCGUAGCCCCCAUGCUGAACCCCCUCAUCUACAGCCUCAGGAACAAGGACAUGAAGUGUGCUCUGAGAAGGGCCAUGAGGAGACCCAAAUCCCUGUUUGUUUAA